UUUCAACCAUUUACUAUAUCAUUUAAGAAAAUUGUAACGCAAAUAUGGGCGAUGGACCGGAUCCGGCUCUGGCGCUGAGGAGGGAGUUGCCGCCAGAGAUUACAUACACCGUUUUCAACAGCGAAUCCGAGUUGAAGACCAUUCGAGCCCUGAUCGAGAUGUCGCUCUCCGAGCCGUACUCGAUUUACACGUAUCGCUACUUUGUCUACAAUUGGCCAGAGCUCUGCAUCUUUGCGCGUCAUGGUGAACGCUAUGUGGGCGUCAUCGUCUCCAAGAUGGAGCAGAAGAGCAGCUAUGCGCGGCACGGCUACAUUGCCAUGCUGGCCGUUGAGCCUGGCUAUCGCCUGUUGAGAAUUGGCACCAAGCUCGUGGAGAAGACCAUUGAGGCCAUGUUGCUGGAGCAUGUGGAUGAGAUUGCGCUGGAAACGGAACUGUCCAACAAGGCGGCACUGCGUCUGUACGAGAGUCUUGGUUUCAUACGGGAGAAGCGUAUGCUGCGCUUCUAUAUGAACGGUGUGGAUGCACUGGGUCUUAGGCUAAUCCUCUCCUCGAAUGCUAAAUUACAGUGAUGUUGUUGUUGUUGUUAGUUUUACUUACAGUAGAGAUGUGUUGGCUUAAAGAUAAAGAUGCUGCUCAACUGACUG